AUGGAUAUAACUGGACCAGCUGCAAACAGAUCAGCAGGAGAAGUUAUCAUGCGUGGAUGGUGUUGGCUUAAGGCGUUGACUAAGAGAUGCAAGAAACCAAUGGUUGAAUUCAAAAACAAGUUAAAGAAGGUUGUAACAGAUGAUCCAAGAAGGGUAACCCAUUCUUUCAAAGUUGGAUUAGCACUUUCCCUGGUUUCUCUCCUCUACUACAAUAAAUCACUCUAUGGUGGAUAUGGUUCCUCGAUUAUAUGGGCGGUCUUCACAGUGGUUGUUGUCUUCGAGUUUCGUGUAGGAGCCACGUUAAGCAAAGGAAUUAAUAGAGUUUUAGCAACAUUGGUAGCUGGUUCUUUAGGUUUGGCAGUUCAUCAUUUGGCAUGUCUAACUGGAGAUAAAGGAGAGCCUGUACUACUUUGCUUUUCGGUUUUCCUUUUAGCGUCAGCAGCGACAUUUACAAGAUUUUUUCCUGGUGUAAAAGCAAGAUAUGACUAUGGGAUGGUGAUAUUUACACUGACAUUUAGUUUAGUAGCUGUAUCAGCUUAUAAGACAGAUGAGAUCUUAGAGGUUGCUGGUGAAAGGCUAAUAACUAUUCUAUUUGGCUGUGUUACAUGUGCUGUUAUAUCCAUAUUUCCGUUUCCUGUAUGGGCUGGUAAAGAUCUACAUAAACUGAUGUUUCUAAACCUAGAACAUCUUGCGGUGUUCUUAGAUGGAUUUGGAGGAGAGUAUUUUGGAGUGGAGGAUAACAAAGAGAGUGAAGAUGCAAUCACUGAUAAGAAGUCAUUUCUCGAGGGAUACAAAAAGAUUCUGAUCUCUAUGUCUGAGGAAGAGGCACUGACGAAUUUUGCGAGAUGGGAGCCACCUCACGGCUCUUUCCGGUUCAAUUAUCCUUGGAAGCAUUAUCUAGAAAUUGGAAAAGUAACUCGGCAAUGUGCAUACAAAAUCGAAGAACUUCACAACUGCAUCACAUCAAAAAUCAAAGCACAAUCAGAUUUCAUAAAGAUAAUUCAAGAUUCAUGCAUGGAAUUGAGCAAAGAAUCUGGCAUCACUUUGCAGGAUCUCUCGGCAGCUGUUAAACAAAUGACGUACCCUAAGGCUGCUUCUACACAUAUCAAGAACUUGAAAAAGACCGCUGCUAACUUGAAAACAGUCAUAAAGACAGUUACAUUAGAGAAUGCUAACGUCUUGGAGGAUGUCAUGCCGGGAGCCAUGGUGGCUUCACUACUAGUUGAUAUCGUUGGAUGCAUAGAAGAUAUUGCAGAGUCUGUUAUUGAGCUUGCUCACUUAGCGAAAUUCAAAGGUGCCGAUCCUGCUAGCUAGCUGUUAGUCAGGAGAAAUAAUUUUGUAUUCAAAUGAGAAGUUUUUUUAACGAACGCCAGGUCAGGGCCUUUCAUUAAUAUAAAAGAGAAAGGCAAAGGAGAAAGUGACAAGGAACGGAAUACCAGAUCUCCUAUAUGAAAUAUAGUAUAGGAAAAACUGUUACCGAAAUCUAAAAGUAGGUAAGACAUCUCUGUCACUCCUCCCAAUG